CAGCAUUGUCGCAAUGAUCACGUGAUCAUAGAUCGACUUCUUCGUUUGUGGCCACGAGGUUUUGUGGUGAAAAUUAAGUUCACCGGGUGGAAAAGGCCCCCUAUUUUUGUAAUUAUACAAAAAUGCCCUCGAGCAACCCGUUGCCACCCAAAGAAAAUGCCCUGUUCAAGCGUAUCCUGAGAUGUUACGAGCACAAACAGUAUAAAAAUGGGCUAAAGUUCGCGAAGCAGAUCCUGUCAAAUCCCAAGUUCAGUGAGCAUGGAGAGACCAUGGCGAUGAAGGGUCUCACUCUGAACUGCCUGGGCCGCAAAGACGAAGCCUACGACAAUGUCCGGCGCGGUCUCCGGAACGACCUGCAGUCCCACGUCUGCUGGCACGUCUACGGCCUUCUGCAGCGCUCUGACAAGAAGUACGACGAGGCUAUCAAGUGUUACAGAAAUGCGCUCAAAUGGGACAAGGACAAUAUCCAGAUCCUUAGGGAUCUCUCAUUGCUGCAAAUUCAGAUGCGAGAUCUGGAAGGAUACAAGGAUACCAGAUAUCAAUUAUUUAUGUUACGUCCUACUCAACGAGCCUCCUGGAUCGGUUUCGCUAUCUCGUAUCAUUUAUUAAAGGAUUAUGAAAUGGCGCUGAAAAUUUUAGACACCUUUCGAAAUUCUCCGAUGAUCUGUUACGAUUACGAACACAGUGAGCUGCUUUUGUACCAGAACAUGGUCAUCCAAGAGUCGGGAGAGAGCGAACAGGCGUUAAAACAUUUAGACAAGUAUAGUGAUCAAAUUUGCGACAAAGUUACUGUGAAAGAGACUUACGGUAAAUUAAGACUUCAACUGGGGCAGUACGCGGAAGCGAUUCAGGUCUACAAGGAGCUGUUAGAUGUUAAUCCGGAAAACACAACGUAUUACACUAGGCUAGCGGAGGCCGAGAGACACACCGCGCCGGGCGACACGCUGCGUAUGCUCCAGAAAUACGAGGAGCUCUUCCCGCGAGCGCUAGCGCCGCGUCGCUUGCAGCUCAACUAUGCGAAAGCAGAUGAAUUCAAAAUCCUAGUCGAUCGAUAUUUACGUAGAGGGCUUCACAAAGGCGUGCCGCCGUUGUUCGUCAACCUCCGCUCGUUGUACACCGACAAGGAGAAGGUGGAAAUCAUAUCAGGUCUGCUCGUGCAAUACAAGGAGGCGUUGAAGGCGCACGGCCACUUCAGCGAUCACGAGGAAGACAAUCCGAGGGAGCCGGCGUCCGCGCUCCUGUGGACGUACUACUACCUGGCGCAACAUUACGAUUACCUCGGUGAAACGGAAAAGGCGCUGACCGAGAUUGACGCUGCCAUAGAUCAUACUCCUACGCUUAUAGAACUCUUCGUUACCAAAGGACGUAUUUACAAGCACGCAGGGAACGCUCAGGAAGCGUACAAGUGGCUGGACGAGGCGCAGGGGCUCGACACGGCCGACCGAUAUAUCAACUCCAAGUGCGCCAAGUACAUGCUGCGCGCGAACCUGAUCAAGGAGGCGGAGGAUACGUGCGGCAAGUUCACGAGGGAGGGCGUCUUGCCGAUGGACAACCUGAACGAGAUGCAGUGCAUGUGGAUACAGACGGAGACGGCCAACGCGUACAAACGUCUCGGGAAGUACGGAGAGGCGCUGAAGAAGUGCUACGAGGUCGACAGGCAUUUCUCGGAGAUCAUAGAGGACCAAUUCGAUUUCCACACGUAUUGCAUGCGGAAGAUGACGUUACGGUCUUACGUCGGCUUGCUAAGGUUAGAGGAUGUUCUGCGGUCCCAUCCGUUUUACUUCAAGGCAGCCAAGUGCGCGAUGGAGGUGUACCUGCGGUUGCACGACUACCCGCUGCCGGAUCCGGCGCAAACGCAGGAAAUCGACACCGAGAAUUUGGCACCGUCCGAAUUGAAGAAAUUGAGGAAUAAACAGAGGAAGCAGCGCAGAAAGGCCGAAUUGGAGCGACAACAGGCCGCGCAAGCUCAAGAGAAGCGGGAGCAACACAAUAAAUCCCGACAGCAGAACGACCCUGAUCUCGAGCAGCCCACAUUAGAUGAAUUAAUUCCGGAAAAACUGGAAAGGGUCGAAGAUCCGCUGGAACAAGCAAUAAAGUUCCUGCAACCCCUGCAGGAUCUGGCGUCGGACAGAAUAGAAACGCAUCUCAUGGCUUUCGAAAUCUACAUUCGCAAAGGUCGUACCCUCCUUAUGCUGCGUUCGAUAAAACGCGCUCACAGACUAGACGCGAACGAUCCGGACCUGCACACGUGUCUGGUGCGCUUUCUGCUGCAUACCGGCAAGUCGCCGUUGGAAGGCGCGGUGGGCGAGGUAGUGAAACGGCAGACCGCCGACAUCUUUUCCAGUACUAAGGCUGCCACACUGAAUACCGAGUACUUGAAGAAGAACCGCAACUCGCUGCCGCAUCUACUGCAGGGCGCGCGGAUGUUGUACGUCCUAGAUCCGUCCGCGCAAACGAAAGCGCUAUCUCUCGUGACAUCCAUCGACGGGCUCGAGGGCGUGACGUUGCAGAACUGCACGAAGGUGCUCGAGGCGUUGCGCAACGGUGACUUCGGACCCUGCGACGACACGAUAGCCGAUUACAUGGCGAGGUGCCACGUGCGGUUCCCAUUCGCCACCGCGUUUCGGCCGCCCGAGCCGAAGGCCAACAAUCAUCAGGAGAAAGAGAACUCGAUCAAGAACUGAUCCAGGCACGCGCUAUUACAGCGUCACUGAGCAGCGAUCGUUAUAAGUAGUUAGACGAGUCAAUGGUGAACCGGGGGUGGUGCGGCGCAUUCUACACCGAUCUACACGAUCUGUUAAAAUCAUGUUUAUCAGUUGUCGCGGUUAAGAGAAAAAAAAGGAGAGAAAGAGAGAGAGGGGGGAGAGCGAGGAACGACAUAAUCGGCGGGAUUAAUCGAUUGAUCGAGUAUAAAGCAUGCGUCACGCACGAACUGGCUCCUCGAAUUACUUUGUAGUGUGAACAGUGUGUUUGAGACAGUGCUCGGAGAAACAAUUCUAAUAAAUUAUAUAAUAUGACGGGGAGGGAAGGGAGGGAGGGAGGGGGGGAAGGGACGUGGGUGGACCGCGCUCUCUCUGCGCCGGACGACUCACAAUUUUACGAGGAAGCAUGGGGCAGGGGAAGGGGGAGAGAUAGAAGAGGAUGACAUAUUAGCUAAAUACUAGUUAACAAUCGAGAUCGAUCAAUUUGACACGUUCCACUUUAAUUGUGGACGGCUUUAAAAACACGAGAGGAAGGGACGACGGGAAUCGUGGUGAGCGAUGAUGGAAAACGACGAGGGAGUGCGGACCGUUCUGUGUGUACUGGACGUGCAGUGUUGUAUAAAAUAAAACGUGCGAGACUAACGUAUUAUUGGUACAAAAAAAAAGACACAAAAGACUUGUAUACUAUACAUACAUAACGAUACGAGCGAGCGCGCGCGCGUGCGCUCCGCUAAUGCGAAUGUUUCUACUCGAUGUGUUAAGGUGUACAAUUUCCAGCGAUGCCUACGUAAUACUCUACUGUGUAGAGGCCCGCAAAAAAAACAAAAAGAAAAAAACGCUAGAUGAUCAUCAGGAACACCGAGUUACCCGUAUUACCCGUGCAUGUCCGUCGCCGCGUCCGGAUGGACUCCGUUCCCGCAUCGUCUUGUCUAACUUUUUCUGGUUCGCCUCACCCGUGAACUGUUGAUUCGAGUGAAUAAAAAAUGAUGAUCUAACGCUUCGCCUCUUCUUAGAUACAUACAGACACAGACACACACACACACACACACAUUUUAUUCCUGCGUUUGUCCAGGGUAAUGAUCUGCGUUUGGAUUGGAGCCCUGGUAUCCCACUGAGAGCAAUCAUUACGGGGAGGGAGGGUAGUAGUGUCCGUUCUCGCAAAAAUUCUCUACGAAAGUUACUAUAGGGAUGAUGAUGAUGAUGAUAAACUGCGUAUUGUGUGCGCAAACUACCAAAGUAUAUCAUAAAGCCGAAAACCCGUUAUAGUGUUGAUAGCGAAGUAUCAUCGUGCGUCAUGGUAUCAUACAUACGAUCGAAAGAUCGUACAUCGAUCGUGGGGGGGAAGGGAGGGGAGGGGCGGGGAAUUUUUCAAGCAACGCUAAAGAUUCAAAGCCUACCGGUACAAGUCAAGGGAUAUUACAAUUUACCUCGUUUAAUUCCGGGAGUAAUGCUACAUAUUUAUAGGUCUUCAGUUUCUGCCGUAAACAGGAAAAGAAGAAGAAGAAGCAGCAGCAGCACGAAAAACCAUUUUCGAUACGAAGUAACAUAGAGAUACUACCGAGCUAUUAUUAAUAAUGUUUGUACAUAUUUCAAGUACUAUAACAAAUAAGUGUAUAUGUCUUUACAACUUUCUUUCGAUGAGAGCGACGAGCGAGCUUUCGCCGCCGAUCGAUAUCUGCUGAAUGUUAAUCACCUACUCAAACACGUCAUAACAGUUAUCAUAAAUAUAUAGUAGGUAUCUACGUUUCAUUGUAUUAAUUAUAAUGUAUAUUUACCUCUUUAAUCUCGACCGUAAAGUAAACAAAAUCUCAUACCGGCUACUAUUGCAGACAGUGAGCAAUCGAUGGAGAAUGGUCUAACGAGAUAAGAAAGAUAUACAGAAGACAAAAGGAACAAAGCUCGCGGUCAAUCUUUAAAGACAAUUAAAUUGAUUUUCUAGCUCUUCCCUUCCGUAAAGCGUCGAAAACACUUCCUCGGGACUAGAGAACUUUUAUUGCCAGACCGAUGAGAAAUUUAGUGUCGCCGUCUCCGAUGCUAGCGGUGAAAUUCUAGAGAUCAAUAGAGGAGGAACAAGUACAAGAGUGACAAGUUGCUUGAAUCGAUCUUUACAAAUUUGUAAUGAACUUAAUUAAAUUAUUGAUACUCCAUCGGAAGCAAUUGGGCUCCAUGAGCGUGCGUCAAUCACGAAGACUAUAAUAUAUUUCUUAAUUCCUUCCUUUCUAUUUUUUUUUGUUUUUCAUUUAGAGAGAUCUCACGAAAGUACUGAUACAAGAGUGCCGUUGCUCCAAUCUGUAUCGAAGGUUGUUACCUCGAUCGAAAGACUUCCGUUUCGCGCAUAGACGAAUAUCAAAAGAUAAAAAAAUAGAUUAACGCGAAUCGCAUUUAACUUCGCCGAGAGCUGAGUCUGAGAGAUUCGCUUUUCAAUUCCUAAUACCGUAAUAAUAAAUAAAUACCGCACGACAAGUUAGCCUGGGUUUAUCCCGUAGAUCAUACCUUUUCUUCCAUUUUCGGAUUAUCGUUGGAUUCAUCACACAGAAUCGGGCUAAUUUCGAGCGUCAUCUGAGAUCGUUACAGAACGCUCAUCAUUUUAUAUUGUCAUCUCAUAUUGUAGUACGUAUCCUGAGGCUCUAUAAUUAUAUCUAUAAUUAUAUUCAUCGAUAGUUUGCUCGUAAACGAUAUUUCAAGCAUCAUCAUGAAGAUCCGAGAAAAUGUUGAUACGUACGAUGCGUUUUGUGCCUCGGUGCACUGGUCUCGAUCUCUGUCGAAUUUCUGUGUGAUGAAUCGAGACUCCGUAAUGUAUUCAUCAUGUUCAUCGUCUCCGAUUUUCCUCACAUUAUACUCACGAGCGAGGAAACGAGUGGAAUGACAUUUUAAUCGAACGAAUUCGAACAUGUAUAGUAUGUACAUAAAACACAUGCGCAUGCCACACACACACACGUACACGUACACGUGCAUAUUAAUCGUGCAUAUAUGUAUAUCGAACAUCUUUAUGUUUAAUCGUUUCCUUUAAUUAUAUUAUAUCACACCACCAGAAAUAUAUCAUGUAAAACUGAUCUACUUUGCUCCGCUUCAACUCGAGGAGAGAAAUAAACAUUGUUACAUAUUUCUAUCAUGCCAUAAGUAUUGUGUCACCGUUCACGUUUGUACAGCAAGUAAAAAGUUCCGCAUAGGAAGUGAGCUCUCGUGUCAUAUACUUAAUUCUACUUUAGUCUAUCGUACACCGCGGUCGCUUCCACACUUCCUGUACAUUAAGUUUUAUUUAUUUGCCGCACUCUGCAUGGCCGAGGAGGUGGAAUUUACGGAAAAUCUGUAAAGAGAUCGACGGAGGAGCAGGUUCACUUCGCCUGCGUUUGUACCUACUCUCUCAAUUAAAUUUUCUAUAAUUGUAAAUAUCAGUGUUCGCUCUUUGGACCAUAUAAGCAUGGACCGCCAGGCUGUAUAUCCCAGCAAAAUGAGGCGAAAAGUGUUGCCAGGUAUAAAGGCCAUUCUACAGUGGCAGUAAGUAGUAAAAAGUAGGAAGUAAAAUAGUAGAAAUUGACCAGUCACAGUCGAUUUCUUUUUUCACACUCGACUUUGAGUAGUCAAUUUCUACUAUUUUACUUCCUACUUCUUACUGCCACUGUAGAAUGGUCUUAACGGGUUUUGAUCAGUCACAAUCCACGCGAAAAUCAAAUUAGCUAACUCUUUACUAAAUUCUGUUACAUUAUUUCCUCGGUGUUUGAGUUUUAUUUAUAUAGUGCGCAUUGGCGUCCGAAGGGGAGAGGGAGGGGGGCAAGACUGGUCCAUACUUAUAUAGUCUAAGGUUCGCUCUUUCGAGGGAAUUUCGAUAUCCAGUACGAUAAGUUGUAUUUUCACGUGAUUACUUGGUGAUUAACAUUACUUGAAAACGUUCAAUCUAUCAAGUGUCAAAUGAAGGAAUAAAUAAAUGAAUAGAAACGGAA